AUGACUGGAAGUCAGCGCUCGUCAUCGAGCGGCGGCUUGCACGCAGCACCGACGCCGUCGCCCACCGGCGGACGAAGCUUCAUCGACCAUGCCAAGCUUCGCAUCCUGCUUGCGCCAGUUGGUGGCAUCUCGGAAGCAGACUUUGCCAAGUGGUGCGACUACGUGCGAUCGUUCGAAACCAUUCGGCUUGCCGAUUUGCCCUCGAAUUGCACCGCUCGGCGCAGAGCCGCUGCAAACUCAGCGUCGACCUCGACUGCGAGCAGCUCAUCGUGCGCAGCAUCUCCGAUACUCCAGUCAGGCGAGAUUCAUCUCUCGUUCGUCACAAGCUACGAUCCAGAUCACUCGUUCUUGGCUCCGUUCAACAUGCAUAGACAGGUUCUCGGCGCACUUGGUCUUGCAACUUACUCGAACAAUGCCGUACAAAAGCAACAACUCGACGCAAGUCCAUCGGCGUUAAGAGAGCUCCAUCCUGGAGCGCUGGUACAUCGCGUGUUUGGGUUCGACUCCGGUGCUAAGCGCCCCGAAACGGUGGACUUGAGCUCGAUAAAGAACGUGGUUGCUGCCAAAAUAAAUCAAGGUCAACGCUCCGCGUCACCGCUCGCAAAAGAAUCUGAGAUAGAGCAUUUAGACAACAGCACAAACGAAUCGGCUUCGGCUUCGCAGAACCCGCCGAUGUCGCCAGAUGCGUCGGGCUUUUCAGCACACCGAGGUGGAGGUCUGAUCAUCUUCCCUGCUGUGCGCAAAGAUGGGAAAGACGUACGCUUCUACCUCAAGACGCUGCUCGCCGAACUUGUCGCCAGCAUUCUGGACGGCUUGGAUCAGAUUGUGGCAGGACUCCAAGGAACGCCGUUGGAGACACCGAGAGAAACACUUGACGGCAUCACACCGAACAAACCGUCUAGCUCUUCGUCCUCCGCAUUGGAUUCCACUGCCACUUGGCUCACAAAGACGAGUUUCGCAGCAACCGGAGCGGCGAGUCGUGCCUCGAGCCUGUUUACCGCCUUCAGCAGCAGCACAGGUGGUGACAUUGGCACGAGCAGGUCUACGCCUACUUCUUCAAGACCAUCGAGCGCUGUCGGUGGAGGAUCUCAUCCGUUCGACUUGAGCUCGCCAACGUCGGUCAAUUCAUCGCCCACAUCCGAAAACACUACUCGCACCAAAAUCCUCGCCGCCAAUGCACACAAAAAGAGCGCAAAGCGUGUCACCAGUGCCGCAGCGACCGGUCCAAUAGGCACAGGAAGAUUUGCCAAAGUGAGAGCCGAUUUCCAUCUGCUCUCCGGAAACUUGUGGGAUGCACUGGAAGGAUACUCGACUGCGUUGAAUGCACUUGGCAAAGAGCGUGCGCUCGCAGGCGGUCAAGAUGCAGUUUGGUUUGCUAGCGCCCUCGAGGGCUUCUCCGUCACACGCGUGCUGGUAUCGCGAAUGGGCGGUACGGUGCUCGAAAAGGCGCCAUGCUUUGACCUCCCUUGGUCCGCCGCCGCUGCAAAGGACAAAGACAAGGACAAGGACAAGGACAAGGAUGGAAUCACACGCCCUUACGCCAAGCAGAGUUGGGGUGAGAUCGCCGAGGCUUACACUAUCGCGCUCGUCAUCUACUCAAAGUGCCUAGCUCCGCCCAGUGUCUUGCUGGAGCCGGCCAAGUCAGUUACGAACGACUCACCACGAGACUACACGCAUCCAUUGAUCCAUGCCAGUGCAUGCACGCAGUACGCACGCUUCUUGCUAGCCGUCUGGGCAUCUGCUGGAUGGAACGGCGAAUGCUUUGACCAGCUCGUGUACGGAGGUGUACCGCCAUCGUUGGCCGAGGAAAAGCCAUCGAAUGCCAUGUACCUCGGUUUCACUGCCGCCUCGGGUAUCGCCCGGCACGAGAUCGCGGCAGCUGCUUCUUCAGCACUUUCUCACUCAAUCAUCGCUCUCAAGUCUACAGAUCAGAUAGCGCUGCUCAGCACGCUCACUUCGAUCUUUGGCUGCAUUGGCUUUUCAAGAAGAGAAGCGCAUCUGCUGCGACACUUGCAGUCGACCAUCGUGUGCAUGCUGGAGAAAGCCAAACGCGUCAACUCACGCGCGCCAACCACGGCUUCGUUGCCGAUUCUACAGCACGAGCAUUUUGGAAAGCAGAACGACGAGCUUUUAGGUGACAUUGUCGCACAGACCACGUACGACUCGCUUGGAAGAGGGCCGGAGGCAGUGCUGGUGCUGGCGAUGCAGGUCUGCGAAACAUACGGUAUUCAUGUCGAAGUGGAUCCAUUGAGAAACAUUCCAUCAUACCAUAUACUGUCGAGGGCGUCAGAAGGCUUGCGUAGCGCCUACACUUCGCCCGCUUUAGAUGCAUCGGAAGAAUGGAGGUCGUCCGGGCAUCGUGCUCCGGCUGCUGCAGCUAAUGGAGAUGUAGUGCUGAUGACGCCGCUUGAGAUAGCCAACGAAGCAGCGUUUGGCUGGAAGGAACAGCAAAUUGCACUGCUCAAGGAAACCAUCGCGAUUGCCGAACUCCUCGCUGAUUACGUUGGAAUGGCGUUCUUCGGCGCGAUCUUGCUGCGUGAUUUCCACACGCUGCUCGAUGCACACGAGCAGAGAGAUCUCAUGGUGGGCAUGCAGCGAGCUGUACAGGCGGCGCGCUGGGCGGGUGCUCAAGAUCUCGCACUCAAGUACUGGGGCCCUGCCGAACCGUUGUGCAGUCUCGAACUUCUACCGCCAACGCCAGAACGCAUGCCACACGAGCGGAACGCGAAGCAGUUGUUCGCAGACCGCACCGAAGCAGCUGCUGGUGACCAGGGCGUGGCAGGUCUCAACAAUCCAUUUUUCUGGAAUCCGAACCGAUCAUCGGCGAGUAAAGCCAAGACGAUCGGCGUGCAGAAGGAGCGGAUCUACGUCAUGGCAACUCUGCAGAAUCCGUUCGCUGUCGAGCUGCACAUCGAUAGCGUCAAGCUGGUGGGCGAAGGAGCCGAGUUUGUGGCUCAAGAAGCCGAGAGCAUCUCGAUCGCGCCUCGUUGCUUUCAAACCGUCCGGCUCUGCGGCAUCGCGCACACUACCGGAACGGUGGUGCUCAGAGGUAUCUCGCUUACGCUUGCUGGUGGGUGUACGGAGGAACAGACGUUUCUACUGCCCAUCUUUGACCAAGAAAACGUCAAGUAUCGACGCAAGCAGGCUGCUGAACAAGACGAUCGGGCGACGCGCUUAAAAGUGUCGGGUCUGGAUGCACGCGCUUCUGUGAUCAAGCAAAGGGCAGGCGCUGGAACGACCGAAGCGAAGCAGACAGUCGGCAGGUGGAUGCAAGUGACUGUCGUCGAAGCGCAGCCUAUUCUGGCGGCGUACUGCAACGACCUGAUCCCGCUUGGCGGACUCGACCUCUUUGAAGGCGAGUCUCGCAUCAUCCAUGUCGAGCUACACAACCUUUGCACUUGGCUCGAUGUCAACUUGGUGCACGUCACUUUUAACGACAAUGUCAGCGAUGCGAGCAAACAUGCGCUGACAGAAGGAGAACUGAUGCCUCAAGACGUGUACGAGAUCGAGUGGGAUCUAGUACACCAACCGGUCUUGUCACGCACCGAGGCAGCGUCGACGUCUUGGGUACAUAUUGAGCCUGGAGCGACUAGCACGAUUGCGAUUCGAGUUCGGGGCAAGAUCGGAUGUACGCGCGCGGUGGUGGCGAUCGAAUACGGCCAUGUAGAGCGCGAUCGUGCGCAGUCGACGUUCUGGGUGAGACGUCUGGAAAUACCGGUGAGGAUGAGCGUUCAUCCGGUGCUAGUGUGUACGCGGCUCACAGUGGCGCCGUUGGGAGCGGACGAAGCGACACGCCUGACCACAGAGUGUGUGCGAUCCGCCGAUGCGAUCGCGGCGAAUCUUGUGACGCUUGUCGAUCGAACGCACGCAGAUGCGCGCGCCACGGUGGAUAAGUCGGCCAGAGACGGACAAACAGCCGUAGACGAGUUGGUGGAUGCGGUGCAAACACUUGUGCAAACGCAAGAAAACGAGUUGGAAUGCAGCUUGCUGAGUUUGCACUUGAGCAACGUGCAUCGCGAGGAUGUCUUGCUCCGUUUGGCGGUGGACACACAUCAAGGGGAGCCGCUUCGCAUCUACCGCAUCUUGCGUGCUGGUAGCAGUACACGCAUUCUGGUACCUCAACCACGGCUGGACUUGGAUCCAGGAACGGGACAUGCUUUCGGUGUCUGCACGCACACCGAGCAUGCAAGCGAGACUGUGAGUGGCCGCGAUGGCAUGUUCUUACCGAUCCCAUCCAUCUGGAGGGAAAGUGCGACGCGCCAAUUUAUCGUGUCCAAGAUCCAGUUGGACGAACAGGAGGACAGGCAGGUACGAAAGAACUUCUGGUACAGACAGGCUCUGCUGGGUGGGUUGAGCGCCACGUGGAUUGUGCUACCUUGUAUGUAUACUGGUACUGCCUGCGUUGGCGGCGACUGGGCUGACGAAGCUGUACACGACGCGGUGCGGUUCGGAACUGUGCCUCUUCGAGGCAUAGUAUCCGGUGGAGGGUUGGUGCUCGAUGAGUCGUCUCUCGCAAACCUUGCCAAAGACGCGGUGAAAGUCGACGUUUCGCUGCGCGCUGGGGUCGACUGCAUCCGUGCAGAAUCCUUCACGCUCGUCUCGGUCACCAUCACCAAUCGGCUAGCCAGACGCAUCGACCCAAUCGUACGUCUCAUUGCGACCGCUCCCACCACGACCACGGACGCGUCACUGCUGGAUAACGUCAUCAUCUCGGACGGAACAUGGACUGCUUCCCCACGCUCGCGUACGUUGCCGCAUCGAGGCUCACACUCCACCUACACUUGGAACGUCACCUUCCUCUCACCAGGCAAGUACGCUUUCUUGGUCGUCGUCCAGGAAGCCUCGGCUUCCGCACUCGCCGACAAGCCCGACAGGCUGGCUUUUGUUUCUUCGCCAUAUCCUGUCGACGUCCUUCCCUCGGCAUAG